AUGCCCUCCUUCGGACGCAUUGGCAAGCACAGCAAUCGUUCCCAGCACAACCUGGUCGACCAGCAGGCGAAUGCACCGCCCUCUCUGAUCACGUCGAGUUCGUCAGGCGUCGGCGCUGGCCUUGGUCCCGGAUCUGGCGGUGGUUCCUCCAUCGUUGCUAACACGCCCCCCUCAGCCUCGUCCACCGCGCUCAGCUCCAGCGAGUCCUUCCAGCUUCCACCGCAGGUCUACCCUGGCACUGCAGGAGGUGCUGCUCUUACGUCAAACCACCCCACCUCGUCUACCACCGCCAGCAGCAGCAGCACCACCAUUCCCAACAACAGCAGCAUCCCCAAUCCGGCCUCUGCUGCUUACGGCAACCUGCGCACGCAGCAACAGCAACAGCAGCAGCAAAAGAGCCCGCACCCAGACUUUGCCGACUCGGUGUCGCGGUCGCAGUCCACACGAUACCCUCAGGUGUCCCCGUUGCAGACCCAGCAGCCGUUCGCGCCCGCCUCCAGCUCGGCCGACGACCUGCCCCAGACCAUCUCGUCACCCCUCGUCCAGCACCCGCACCAGUUCGCGCAUGGUCAAUCGGGCUACCCCGUCGGGCCUCACCACCAGCACCCAGGCCAAUCCGCCCCCACAGAGACCAAGCCGUCCACCCGCAAGCUGAUCAAGAAGAUACUCCAGGGAGCCUCCGUCAGCCGAGCCGCUGCCUCUUCGGCUUCGUCGCCAGACCACCAUCACCACCAGCACCAGAACUCGUACGAUAAUACCGCCGGUCUUGCUCGCAGGCCCUCUAAGCGAGUGAGCAACCCCUUCCCGCCCUCGAUCCGGACCAGCGUGUCUCUCGAGCAGCAACAAGUUCCUGACUGGCAACAGCCGCAACAGCAACAGCAGCAGCAAUCUACACAGCCGUCACCGUUGCAGGGCGUAGGAGAGGCCAGCGAGCCCUACCCAGACAACAUAUCUCAGCAGGAUCUCCUCUUGCAGCAGCAGCAGCAACAGCAACAGCAACAGCAACAACUGCAACAGCAGCAGCAGCAGCAGCAGCAGACCCAUCCCCGUGCUCAGGCGCCCCGCGGCCCCCACCCCCACCAAAGCACUAUACGCCAGGUCCCCGCUGCCAGCGCCGAAACGUCGCCCUACAGCCCUGAGGACCUCGCAUUCCAGCAGCACCAGGCCCACGCCCAGCAGCUGCAGGCCCAGCACCAGGCCCAACUCCAGGCCCAGGCCGAACAACAACAACAACACUACGGCCAGAUCAUCGUCGACCCGGCCCAGGAUCAAUAUCAACAAUACGCACACGGCCAGGCCCAGUAUCCAUCGGGCAACCCGCCUCGCAUUUAUACCGGCCGCUUGACAUCUCAGCAGUCCAACGCAGAGACAAUCUCCCAGCUGUCGCAUGAUUCGCCCGUGACCGAUCCAGACCAGCUAUCAGCCCACUUGCAGUCUACACAAGCUUCCCCAGCCGUCAACUACCCGCAUCAGGACCCCACCGUUCCCCAGAACCAGCUGCCUGUCUCCCCUUCACCGUUAGCAGCCCAGCCUGUGAACAUGGCACCUCCACCAGGGGGUCCCCCCAGCCGCAGAUCGGGCGACGACAAGGGCAUGCGUGGCGCUGGCAAUGUUGACGCGCCUCCUGGGCCGCCACCCAACUAUAGACACAGCCAGGCUCAGAUGAGCAGCAUGGGGUCGCAUCCGCCCACUCCUGGCCCCGCCCAGGCCAACCGUGAGUUCCGUGCCAGCAACGUGCCCGAAAGGCAGGUACAGCAGUUCGAUGGCGCAGGCCCGGAGACGGGACGUCAUAGCCCCCAGCCCUCCACCGGAGGAGAGCGGGAAGAGAGCUCGGAUAAGCAGUUCAAGGACCUAUUAACAAAAUACAAGAACGUGAAAAGACUUUAUUUUGACGGGAAAGCCCAGAUCGAGCAGUUGACCAGCCAGGUCGAGCAGCUGCAGAAUGCCGUGGCCAACCAGCGAAUUUCCCAAUCUCGGACUGCGUUGGAUGACAAUGAGUACACGACACGCUUCAACCGGCUGAAUGGUGCCAUCAACAACCUUUCGUUCAACAUCCGCAAAGACUGGCGAACGUUACCCCCCUGGAUCGACAGGUACGUGAGCACAGAUGCGCUCAAGACUGGGAAGCAGGAGAUGACUGCGGUUGGGCGCGCCGUCGUCGCGCGAUGGAUUGUGAACGAGAUAUUCAACAAGUGUUUCCACCCGGGGCUGGAUAUUGAGCUGAGCCGUAACCUCAAAGAAAUCGAGCACAACAUCCGCAGGUUCUCGUAUACGCUCACCAGCCAGGAGGAAUUCGAUGCCUUGACAUCCAAAGUUGUCAGCUGGAGGAUGGCCACGUUGGAGGGGCUCCAACAGGAGCUCCAGGCGGGCGAGAACCAGGACAACAGAGGAGCCUACACGGACUUGUGCACCGGGAACUUGACCGCACACCUCUAUCAACAUCUUUCCGACCCGCCGCCUGCCGGCGUCGAGGGAAGUGUGGCCAUGAUCGUAGAGCUCGCCGUAGGAAUUGCCGCCAACAUAUCUUUGGAGAGCCGCGAUGUGGCUGUCACGUAUCCUCUGCCAGGAGACUCGAUCCAGGCCGAUUUCAUGGAACUCGAAAAGGCAGGCCUGCCUCCGUUGCCCGAUAACGACGACGCCGAGGACAGCGGUCCGGAUGGCGACAAAGCCAAGAAACCCAAGACCGGUAUGUUGAAUAUGUUGAGCAGUGCACCGCCUCCAGGAAGCCGGAAAGGCAGCGUCGUCUCGAAUACUGACAUGGCGGACUCAUCAACAGCAAUUCCCAAGGACCCCACCAAGAUCCGUUUCGCAGGUUUCGUCGCAGUCGAGGUCCGAGGACGGCAGGUUCUGGUCAAGGCUCCGGUUUGGAGUUUGAGCUAG